CAAAACUCCAUUUGGGUCGCCGACAGAAAAUAUAAUUUCCAUCCAAGAACCGACAUAUAUUAUAUAAAAUAAUUGUUAAAAAUAUUUUAGUUGGUCAAGUCCAAAAGAUUGUAUAUAAAUCUUUGUAUACAAAACACGUUCCAAACGCACCAAUAUUCACUCAGUACUCGAGUGACUAACUGACUACUCAAACGUAGACAAGAAACAUGCCAAUCACCAGCAGCUCCCAAAGCUUCAGCAGCUUCGUUAACGGUUGGCUAAUUCGUCACAGGUAUUUCGUCGAACAGCUUACGUGCGCUUCUUUACUCACUCUCGAAGAGCAACAAUCUCUCGUGACCCAGUUUCUAUCUCACUGCCUCCAAUACUACCAAGAGAAAUCCUCCGCCGUCUCCCUCGCCGGAGACAACGUCUUCACCUUCUUCUGCCCGCCGUGGUUCACCUCUUACGCCAGACUCAUCCUCUGGGUCGGCGAUUUCAAGCCCUCGCUGGUGUUCAAGCUCACGGACUCCUCCGUCGGCGACCUCACGCGCGACCAGCGGGACCGGAUCUCGAGCCUCCGGUCGGAGACGAGGAGGAGGGAGAGGGACGUGAUGCGGGAUUUCGCGCUCGCGCAGCAGAGCGUGGCGGAUCCGCCGGUGAUGCUGGCGGCGAGGCGGGUCGGGGCGAGGGGGAUGGUGGACGGGGAGGAGUUGGAUUUGGAGGAGGCGAUGGAGGCGCUCAAGAGAGGGAUGGCGAGGGCGAUGAACAAGGCGGAUGAGCUGAGGUGUUCGACGGUGGGGAAAGUGGUGGAGAUUCUUACUCCGUCGCAGGCGGUUAAGGUGUUGAGGACGAUCGGAGAGCUUCAUCUUCGUUUGAGGGAGUUGGUGGGUUUGGAGAGAGACCACGAAUGAGUUUUGAGAUACAACAUUGAGUUUUGCUCUGCUUCUUCACUACUUUUUCAUUUGGAUCUGUUUGGUCGGAAACAUUCACUUUGAUGAUUUUGAUGUUACAAUAUUUUGAAGUGAUGAUGUAGUGUUUGGUUUUUGUUUC